GCCGCGAUGACUGCGAUCCGCGUUGGCGUUCUAACAGUGAGCGACACCGCAUUCAACCAGGGUGCUGGGGCAGACAAAUCUGGUCCUGCCAUUCGAGAUAUCCUCCACACGACCGGAUCAUACGAGGUUACUGCUACACGGAUCGUGCCAGAUGACUCCGAACAACUCCGGGAUGUGGUUCGGAACUGGUGUGCAUCUGGAGAAGUCGACUGGGUCAUUACCACCGGUGGUACGGGGUUUGGAGUCCGAGAUCGUACCCCCGAGGCCGUUGCACAACUCAUUACUCGCCCUGCGUCUGGCAUCGUGCAUCUAUUGCUGUCAAGCUCGCUAAAGCAUACGCCGCUUGCUGCACUCUCGAGGCCAGUAGCAGGCGUGAUCGAGUCCAGCGAAUCGCGCGGUGUGCUUGUAGUCACACUCCCAGGGUCCGUCAAGGCUGUCCGGGAAAAUCUGCACGCGCUUCUGGAUGGAGGCGUUGUAGCCCAUGCUGUCGAGCUCUUGCGAGGUGGCACGGGCAAGAACGUGCACCAGGCUCUGGCACAGGAGAAGAGCCCGUCAGAGGUCGCCAAGGCAAUCGAGCCUUUGUCGUCCAGUCACCACCACCGCCAUGGGCAUACGCACAGUGAUGAGCAUGGACAUCAGCCUCCGAAAUCGAGAACCGUGCUUUCCCAUGAUCCUUCUCAGCCAAUAUCUGUGCGCAACCGUGUCUCUCCAUACCCGCUCAUCGAUCUCGACGACGCGAUUUCGAUCGUGUUGAGGGAGGUACAGGCCCUUCCCAUCACAGAAGAACUGGUCACGCCAGCAUUGAGAGGCCACAUACUGGCGGAAGAAGUCCAUGCUCCUCAAGACGUCCCUGCUAACCGCACGACAAACGUCGAUGGCUAUGCCGUCCGAUCGACUGACAAGCCUGGAAUAUAUCGCGUGGUCACUCCAGCAAGCCACCCGCUGUCUACCAACCUCAAACCAGGCGACAUAUACCGAAUUAACACUGGCGCCCCGUUGCCGGCUGGCGCGGACGCGGUGAUUAUGGUGGAAGAUACCAAACUCGUCUCGGCUGAUGACGCAGGCGAAGAAAAAGAGGUCGAAACACUCGCUCAGGUGGAAGAAGGGGAGAAUGUGCGGGCACCGGGAUCUGACGUGCGCAAAGGUGAGCUCGUGCUAGCGAAAGGCGAGCUCGUGCGCAGUCUGGGCGGCGAGAUUGGCACUCUGGCGUUUGUUGGGAGGAAGCAGGUGUCCGUGUACAAGAAGCCGGUCGUCGCGAUUAUGAGCACCGGCAACGAACUUGCUGAUCUGCAGUCUGGUGCAGCGUCUUCGGACUCUGCGAGCAACGAGCACUGGAAGGGUAUUUGGGACACGAAUCGUCCAUCGUUGCAGGCUGCGCUGGAAGGCAUGGGAUACGAUGUCAUAGACUACGGAAUUAUUCAAGACAGCGUGACGGCUCACACGGACGCUCUUCGAGCGGCACUGGGCACCGCCGAUAUCGUCCUCACCACGGGGGGCACGAGCAUGGGGCCGUCGGAUCUUCUGAAGCCGGUUAUCGAGCGCGAACUCCAAGGACAUAUUCACUUUGGACGUGUCAAGGUCAAGCCAGGAAAGCCAACCACCUUCGCUAUGAUUCCUGUCCAAGGGGCCGAUGGAAAGGUGUCCAAGCCCUUGUUCGCGCUGCCAGGAAAUCCGGCUUCUGCACUUGUCUGCUUCUUCGUGUUUGUUGUGCCAGCACUACGUCGCCUCGGAGGCAUCGUGCAUAAAGACAGUGGUUGCCAGUUGCCCAGGAUCAGCGUGAAGCUGGACUACACUGUGAGCCUCGAUCCAAGGCCCGAGUUUCAACGGGUGAUCGUUUCUGCUGGAUCUGAAGGGCUAAAAGCUCGCAACACGGGCGGCCAACGCUCCAGUCGAGCCGCUAGCAUGGCGGGCGCGAAUGCUCUCGUAGCUUUGCCGGCCAAGGCAGAACGCACUCGCAUCGAGGCUGGUGAGAUGGUGGAUGCGAUCAUCGUUGGGGAAAUUGAGAUGGAGCAGUAGAUGUGUGACCCGCCAUCUGGAAUAACCGAUGUUGUAAACAUAAACAUGAUUGCCG